AUCGUGCAUAAAGCUUCAGCUUCUGCACAGACGCCACUUCACUGCGCUCCAUCACAGCCAUGGCUUUCAGCACACCGCUGGUUCUGCCGGUUCUGCUGGUUCUGCUCCACAACAGUCCAGGUUCACUGGGGGCUCUGGAGGGCAGCUCCAUCAUUGGGGGGGAGGACGCCGCAGAAGGCAAAUGGCCUUGGAUGGUCCACCUCAACAUCACGUCUGAUGGUCUGAAGAGGUGGCGCUGUGGGGGCAGCCUGGUCGCCAAGCAGUGGGUGCUGACCGCCGCUCACUGCUGGGAUCCGAGCCUCAGUGUUAAUCUGCGCCGCUCUGGAGUCUGGGUCGGAGCCCGCGACCUGUCCCAUGGAGCCGAGCGCUACAGGCGCGUGACGCAUGUCAUCAGUCACCCCGGAUACGAAGGUGGUGGUGGGGUGUACAAGAACGACCUGGCCCUGCUCAGGCUGGACAAGGCGCUGGCUUUCUCACAGCGUGUGGCCCCCCUGAGCCUGGUCCAGACUGAUGACGCCUUUGGCCCGUCUUCCGAGUGUUGGAUCACCGGCUGGGGGCUGGUGGGAAACGGUGUUCCUCUGCCGGAUCCAGAGACCCUCCAGCAGCUUCAGAUUUCCAUCGUCCCUCAGAGGGACUGCAGACAGACGUAUCCCUGGCUGACGGACGACAUGCUGUGUGCCGGCAGCCCGGCUGGAGGGAAGGACGCCUGCAAAGGGGACUAUGGCGGCCCGCUGGUGUGCCGUACGCCCCGGGGCUUUGUGCAGGUGGGAAUCAUGAGUUCCGGCAGUCCUGAUGGGUGUGGCCUGCCGGGCCGCCCUGGCGUCUACACCCGGGUGUCCUCCUACCUGGCCUUCAUCAAGAGCAACAUCAACCGGGGUGGAAAGGCCUGAACGUCUGAACGUCCUGCAAGCUUCCUGCUUCCUCACCUGAGGAAACACCUGCAGCUCCUCUUCCUCAUUCAUCAACUUUGAUAUCAUUAAAGAUUUUAAGCAUC